GCGAGAAAACCCACACCAGUAUAUAAAGGAAGCAUCUGAAAUGUUUGCUCCCACUCCUCAGUUUCACCAUGCGGGGGCUCCUACUCAGCUGCCUUGUGGCCCUGGCCACAUGCCAAAGUGUCCAUUAUGAGCUCGGCCUCAAUCCUAAGAAGACGUACGAGUACAGAUAUGAGGGAGUGGUGAAUUUUGGACUGGGCAUGCCAAACGUGGCUGAGUCUGGUGUGAGACUGGCGUGCAAGGUCAAGAUCGUUGGUGUGUCUGCACAAACCUUCGUCCUUCAGGUCUCCGAUUUAAAUUUCGGGGAGUUCAAUGGCUUCCGGGGGAAAAACGGCUUUGACGCCUCCCCGAAGCUCACCCAGCGCAUCGCUGGCCAGCUCGUCAAACCCUUCACGUUUGACUACGCCAGUGGACACGUUGGUGACAUCCGCGCCUCUGCUGAGAUCCCUGACACCAUCGUCAACAUCGUGAGAGGGAUACUGAGCUUCUUCCAAGUCACCGUCAAGACCACGCAGACGGUCUAUGAACUGGAAGAGAUGGGCAUCCAUGGCAAGUGCCAGAGUAACUACGCUACCGAAGAAGACAAGGAAACAAAGGACAUGACCAUCACUCAGGUUGUGGACCUGAGUAACUGCCGGGAGAAAGCAGCCAUCUACAGGGGAAUGGCGACUGCCGUGCUCGACCAAGUCGCCAAACAGAGAGGGGAUUCGAUCGUUUCAACGGUGAGAUAUGUUUACACGGUCAAGCCCACGGCAGAGGGAGGCCUCAUCACCAGGGCUCACGGCCUGGAGCGACAGUACUUCAGCCCCUUCAACGUGAAGGGUGGCAAUUUCAAGAUGCAAGCAACGAAGGAAAUGGUGCUGCUCGGUGUGAGCGACACCGAGGCGACUGUCGCGUCGAUCGGGGUCGUGGAGAGCAAGGGCGACCUCGUCUACAAGUUUGUCAAUGCCAGAGUUAACAUCCCCAUGUUGAUGCAGAACCUGGAAGACCCCGUGCCAAAGGCUGUAGAACUGAUCAAGCGUCUGGCCGAGGCUAACCGAUAUCAAAUUGACAGUGCAACAACUGAAGACUCCAUAAAGGUGUACCAACUCUUGCGAGUGAUACCUUACGAAGGAUUAGAGAACAUGUGGACGCAGUUGGCCGGAAAUAAAUACCAGAGACGUUGGUUUUUGGACAUGAUUGUUGAGGUCGGCGAUGCCAGAAUCCUAAAGUUCCUGGAAAUGAGGUUCCACGCUGGAGACGUGUCUGCAGAUGAAGCUCUGGAAACCUUUGUGGUGGCCAUUAACCACCUCCAGGCGAUUCCCGAGUUGGUUGAGAUGGCUAAAAUGUUCCUGAAUAUUCCCUUUUGUAAAUCCAACAUCUAUCUGUGGCAAACCAUGGUGCUUUCCUAUGGCUCUCUGGUUUACAAGCACUGUGCCUACAAUACACCCUGCCCAGUAACUGCUGUUCAGCCGCUGCUGGACAUGGCCAUGGAGGCUCUGAAGAAUGCCAACGAGACGUACAUGGUCGUCGCUCUGAAAGCUCUGGGGAAUGCAGGUCAUCCAGGCAGCAUUAAAACCAUCAUGCGCUUCCUCCCCGGUGUGGCCGCCGCCCCCGUCGAUCUGCCGCCUCGUGUGCUGAGCGCUGCCGUGCAGUCUAUGAGGCUCAUAGCUGCCAGAGACCCUCAGAGUGUCCAGGACAUCACCAUGGCUCUGUUCCUGCAAAAGGCCCUUCCCACCGAGAUCCGCAUGCUGGCCUUCAUGAUCCUGUUUGACACCAAGCCGCCGAUGGCUCUGGUGUCCACAGUGACGACACAUCUGCAGCAGGAAAAAGACCUCCACGUCAUCAGUUUUGCGUAUUCCUACCUGAGCAACUUUGCCAGAUCCCGUACUCCAGACAAUCAAUACCUCUCGACCGCCUGCAACGUAGCUGUUAAAAUCCUGGCCCCUAAAUUUGGUCGUGUCAGCUAUCUCUACAGCAAAGCCAUGCGCAUGGACUGGUUCAAUGACGAUUUCCUAAUUGGCACAGCGGCAGAAGUCUUCAUGCUAAGAAGUGUAACCAGCGUCUUCCCCACUGAAUUAAUGAUGAAAUCAAAAUUUUACUUCAUUGGCCGAAUUCUCCAGCUACUGGAGUUUGGAAUCCGUGCUGAAGGAAUUAAGGAGUUAUUUGGCACCAGCAUCCCUGGAUUUAGAGGAGAUCUAGGUUUCGGUGACUUCCAGGCUAUUUACAAUGUGCUUAAAAACUGGGAAGUUCUGCCCAGCGAUAAGCCAGUCCUCACGGCUUACACAGGCGCCUCCGGACAAGAGUGGUUCUAUGCUGAUUUGAACAAAGAUAUGUUUCAGUACAUCAUCAGGGCUGUCAGUCCUGCUGCGGGGAAGGAAAGCCCUCUGUGGGCGGUGAUUGAGAAUUUACAGCGGGGGGGAUCCUGGCAUUGGACCAAGCCUUUCCUGAUCUUUGAGGUUCGCUUCUUCCAGGCUACAACCCUGGGUCUCCCACUGGAGAUUAGCAAAUAUUAUGAAACACUCAAUGGAAUCUCUGUCAACGCUAAAGCUGCAGUGAAUCCACCAAUGUCUGAACGUCUGGGACAACUCCUGACGUCUGAAGUUUCGCUGGACAGCGAUGGUUUUGUUGGCUACACAAAGGAUUUUUGGCUUUUCUACGGGAUCAACACAGAACUGUUCCAGUGUGGCUCCGAGUUGAAGGCCAAAUUCCCCAUCGCUAUUCCAUGGAAGUUUUCUGCCAAGAUUAAUGUCAGAGAAAAGAAGUUUGAACUCGACUUUCCGCCAUGCAAAAAAGAGAUUGAAAUCAUUUCAGUCAGGUCCAAUGUGUAUGCAGUUUCCAGGAACAUUGAAGAGCCUGCUAAGGAAAAAAUGACCCCAAUGGUUCCGACAGCUAUUGACUCCAAUGAUGAAGUCACUCUCAAAGGGGCCACAAUUGUGAGGCCUGAGUCAGAUCAGAUGAUGAAGGAGAGAAACAUCUGGCAUCCACAAACCAAAAUGUGUACGGAGAGUCACAUUUAUGGAGCUGGUGUCUGCGUGGAAUCUGAGAUAAGGAGGGAGUACUAUAAUGAAGAAUACCCCUUGUACUAUUUCCUGGGAUACACACACUUGGCAUUCAAAAUAGUCCCAGCCCAGACAAUCAAAGCUGUUGACAAAAUCCACUUUGAGGUAAACGCCGGCUCGGGCCCACAUCAAAUGAACACACGUCAACUUAUGGAGACACUGAGGAGGCUUUCCAAGGAGGCCGCUCAGCACCUAUGCAUGUCCUCUGAUUCAGCCUCAAGCGUCAGAGACUCUCAUCACAACCAUCACGACAGCCUGGUGGAAGUCUCGGACUCAACACCUGAGGCUCUGUUCAACAUGAAAGCUUUUGCCCUGAGUGACAAUGAGAAGCCUCAGGGUUAUGACGCCGCCAUGUACUACACGCCCGAGGCAAAUAUUAAGAACACCCAACUGAUCGUGUCCCAGGUUGGAGAAGACACAAACUGGAAGAUGUGCAUGGACACCACUGUGAAUGCCCACACCGAGGCACAGGCACACAUCCGCUGGGGAGCUGAAUGUCAGUCCUAUGAAAUGUCAAUGAGAGCUGCAACUGCACAUCUGCCUGGUGCCAUGCCAACGAUCAAGGCCAAAGUGCACUGGACCAGGAUCCCAGAGAUGAUGGCUGAGUUGGGCAGAAAAAUUGAAAGCUACAUCCCAGGCAUAGCUUUACUUCUUGGAUUCAACCAGCAACAUGAGACCAAUGCCAAGCAGGAGGUUUCUGCAUCAGUUGUUGCUGCCUCAGCAGACAGCGUCAAUGUGAAGAUUAGAUUCCCAGAGUAUACAGUCUACCGCCAGGCGAUUCCGGUUCCACUACAACCUGCCAGUUUUCAGGAGUUUCAACACGACAACACAAACACAACAAUAGAUGGAUUUGGAUAUGCAUAAAAACAUCAGGACAACAAUGCCCAGAUGGAAUCCAGAUGCCUCUUUUCACGGCAAUAACACUGCAGCGGAAAUCUCACCGCCGCGAUUCAUAAAAGAUGUAUCAGUUAUGCCUCAGAUGUCACCAGUUUGGAAAUAACCUGUAAAGGUAUUGAUUUAUUCAUUGAGAGGCAUGUUAAUAUUUGAACACCCUCUUUUGAAGAAAUACCAUGUGAUUUCAUGUUCUGAAAUGCUGUAUCUUUAUAAUAGCGGAUUCAUAAUACUUACUACUAUUGUGCUAAAUCUAGGAUUAAAGUAAAGAACAACC